AUGCAUCGACCAGGUCGUCUUAGUGUCAGCGAAGCAGAAGUGCAUGCUGUUGCCGCACUAAUGGACAGUUAUCGAUGCCAAACCAUUCGUGAGCUGGCCCGACAGACAGUAUUUGCGCAUACGACAGUGCUGCACAUUCUGAAGGAACGCCUGGGAAUGAGAAAAAUGGCUUCACGAUGUGUUCCACAUCAUUUGACGGAAAUGCAGAAAUGGCUACGAUACGAUGCUGCUCGAACCCACCUGGAGCGCUAUGAGCGCGAAGGAGAGGCUCUUUUACUCCGUAUCAUUACGCUGAAUGAGACUUGGUCCAGAUCGUACCAGCCAAAACUGAAACGUCAAUCAAACGAAUGGCGUCAUUACGGGUCACCACGAAGUUCAAAAUUUCUUCAGAGCCCCAGAAAUGUGAAAGUUAUGCUGAUUCUCGUGUACGACUGGGAUGAUGUCAUCCUAAUGCAUACCGUUCCCCCACAGCAGGCCGUCAAUGCGCAGUAUUAUUGA